CUCUCUGCCUUACGACAGGGCUGGCCGUGCCGCGCCGCGCCGCUUUACGGCACCGGGUUCUGCGCACGCAGCCCAGGCCCUUUCCUGCUCGGCCGGCAGAGAGUGAAAUCGGGCGCUGGGACUGCGCCCGGAACCAUCCGUCUCCAUCGGGACUGGCUGAGGCUGGAGCAGGUGUCAGAAGAUGGCCAAAUUCGUGACUCCAGUGAUCCAGGAUAACCCCUCUGGCUGGGGCCCUUGUGCUGUCCCUGAGCAGUUUCGGGACAUGCCCUAUCAGCCCUUCAGUAAGGGAGAUCGGCUGGGAAAGGUUGCAGACUGGACAGGGGCCACCUACCAGGAUAAGAGGUAUACCAAUAAGUAUUCCUCCCAAUUUGGUGGUGGAAGUCAGUAUGCUUAUUUCCAUGAGGAGGAUGAGACCAGCUUCCAGCUUGUGGACACGGCCCGAACCCAGAAGACUGCCUACCAGAGGAAUAGGAUGAGGUUUGCCCAGCGGAAUCUUCGGAGGGACAAGGACCGGAGAAACAUGCUCCAAUUCAACCUACAGACUUUGCCCAAGAGUGCCAAGCAGAAAGAGAGAGACCGCAUACGUCUGCAGAAGAAGUUCCAGAAGCAGUUUGGAGUGAGGCAGAAGUGGGAUCAGAAAUCUCAGAAGCCACGGGAUUCUUCAGUUGAAGUCCGCAGUGACUGGGAAGUGAAAGAAGAAAUGGAUUUCCCUCAGUUGAUGAAAAUGCGUUACUUGGAGGUGUCAGAACCACAGGACAUUGAGUGCUGUGGAGCCUUGGAAUACUAUGACAAAGCCUUUGACCGCAUCACCACAAGGAAUGAGAAGCCUCUGAGGAGCAUCAAGCGCAUUUUCCAUACUGUCACCACCACAGAUGACCCUGUCAUCCGAAAGCUGGCAAAAACCCAGGGCAAUGUGUUUGCUACGGAUGCCAUUUUGGCCACAUUGAUGAGCUGCACUCGCUCGGUCUAUUCCUGGGACAUUGUUGUCCAGAGGGUUGGGUCCAAACUCUUUUUUGACAAAAGGGACAGCUCGGACUUUGACCUCCUGACGGUGAGUGAGACUGCUAACGAGCCCCCUCAGGACGAAGGCAACUCCUUCAACUCGCCUCGGAAUCUCGCCAUGGAAGCCACCUACAUUAAUCACAACUUCUCCCAGCAGUGCCUGAGGAUGGGAAAGGAAAGAUAUAAGUUUCCCAACCCAAAUCCCUUUGUGGAAGAUGACAUGGACAAGAACGAAAUUGCCUCAGUGGCGUACCGGUACCGAAGGUGGAAGCUUGGAGAAGAUAUUGACCUCAUUGUCCGCUGUGAGCACGAUGGAGUGAUGACAGGGGCCAAUGGAGAAGUGUCCUUUAUCAACAUUAAGACACUGAAUGAGUGGGAUUCCAGGCACUGCAAUGGUGUGGACUGGCGCCAGAAGCUGGACUCUCAGCGAGGGGCAGUCAUCGCCACGGAGCUGAAGAAUAACAGCUACAAGCUGGCCCGCUGGACCUGCUGUGCAUUGCUGGCUGGGUCAGAGUACCUCAAGCUUGGGUACGUGUCCCGCUACCAUGUCAAAGACUCCGCUCGGCAUGUUAUCCUGGGCACCCAGCAGUUCAAGCCCAAUGAGUUUGCCAGCCAGAUCAACCUGAGUGUGGAGAAUGCCUGGGGCAUCUUGCGCUGUGUCAUUGACAUCUGCAUGAAACUGGAUGAGGGCAAGUACUUGAUCCUCAAGGACCCCAAUAAGCAGGUGAUCCGUGUGUACAGCCUGCCAGAUGGCACCUUCAGCUCUGAUGAGGAUGAGGACAAUGAGGAGGAGGAAGAGGAAGAAGAAGGUGAGUCAAAGUACACAUACCAGGCUCUCCAAGCCCCCUCGGACCUUGGUGGGGAUGAGACUAGAAUGUGGGCUUCAUCCACAUGAUUCCCCCUGCUGGCUCUGUGGAGGUUGGGAGGGAGCUCCUCUUGGGAGAGGCUUAUGUAACAUGGCAGGAUAGACUGUGGCUCACAUCUCUAGCAUAAGAACCUCCAUAGUGGGUGUCCGAAGUCACAAUCUCCAUUAUAUUGCCAAAGAGAGUUGCUUACAGUCUCAGGGCUAAUCAGUGACAGACCUGGACUUCCAACUCUGGGCCCCCUUAAAGAAGACAUUAGAGCCAAAAGACCCCUGGAGCAAGCCACCUAAAAAGGUGUCUAUUAUGCUUUUGGGUGGGCCCCACCAAAAUCUUCUUUUGAGAAUACCUGACACAGAUAAAGCUUUGGGCCAACAACUAGCAGGCCCUGGGUUCAAAUCCUACACUAGACACUGACUAGCAGCAGGGCCCUGUGCCUCCCACAGGUGUGGUAACACUGUUAUUCACUGACCACCUAUUGAGGGACCAAAAAGUAAGAUGAUGGCCCCAUCAGAAGCUAGAGAAUGUCCAAUGUUUCGAAGUCCUUGGAGACAGUAGGGAAAGGGGCUACCCUUUGCCAUGCACUUACCUCCCUGUCCCUCUCUUUCAGAGGAAGAGGCCUGAGCAGGCCAGUUGAGAAUAAGCACACUGCUGCCAUCAUCAUGCCCUUGUGUCUGGGAGGGCCCAGGGGUUUCCUUGGGGACUGGCCUUGGUCACCCAAACUGGAGUUUAAAAAAAGAAAUAAAGGAGGAGCCUGAUGAGUCUCUUA